AUGACCAUGCAGAGCUCCAAACCAGAUUUUUACUCCCGGAUUCGCGGCUCCUUUUAUGGCCUCGCCGUCACUGACGCCCUUGGGGCACCAGUUGAAUUUCAGGCCCGUGGCACCUUUCCCAAAGUCACCAGCAUGUUACCCAACCCGAAUUUCAACCUUCCCCCGGGCCACUUCACAGAUGACACAUCCAUGGCACUUUGCCUGCUUGCAUCUCUAUCCAUCUACACUCCCACUAUGCACGCUCUCGAUCAGGCGAGGAAGUAUAUUACUUGGUGGAGGGAGGGCCGGAUGAGCAGCACCGGGUAUUGCUUUGAUAUAGGGACGAGUACCCGGGAGGUGUUGGAGGUCUGGGAGGCCAAGAUCCGCUCUGCAAAGGAAGAAAAUGAUCGCCUGAUUGCCAACGAGAAAGCCAUGGAUCGGGAUAGUCAUGCGGAUGUAAUCCUAUCAGAAGAGGAAGAGCUAUGGGCUGGGCUCGAAUCGGAUGACGACGACGAUGACAGCGACUGGGAUCCCGCAACGUGGGAGUUCGACGUUGCUCACGAAAUGAAGAUUACACUAGCCGAGAAGUUCUCUGGCGAAUCGAGAUGUGGGAAUGGUGCUCUCAUGCGUACACUGCCUGUGGCAUUAUUAUAUCUAGGCAACGCCCAGGACGCAGACGAGUCGACCGCUACAAGCAUUGCGAUUGAGAGCUGUGCUGUCACGCAUCCUCACCGUAGAUGCAUGAGCUGCUGUGCUCUGUACGUCAAGCUGAUUGGGCAGACAUUGGAUGGAUAUGCGAAGCGACAACUAUGUGGCUAUGUCCAUGCAGUGCUGGUCUCUCAGCGAGAAGUGAUGAAGAACUCACCUUACGGCGUGGACGAGCCGCUCCAUGAGCGAUUCGAGGUAUACAAGACACUUGGAGAUUGGGAGGCCAAGCCAGUGGCGGAGAUUAGCAGCUCGGGCUAUGUGUUAGACAGCCUCGAAGCAGCACUCUGGGCGUUCUUCACCACCUCAAGCUUCAGGGAGGGCGCAAUCAAAGUGGUCAACCUAGGAGACGACGCGGACACCGUCGGCGCCAUCUAUGGCGGGCUUGCUGGUGCAUAUUAUGGCUUCGAGGAGAUACCGAAGGACUGGCUAGAUAAGAUGAAGAGCACGGACCUACUCGAAACAGCUGUCGACACCAUCAUGCAUUUCAGAUGGCAGCCUCCUUCUGAAUCACCAGAUCGAAUGGACAUCGAAACAAACGAUGUGGAAAAGCUGAUGGGCAUGUUGCCAGGAAUCAUGAAAGCCAUGCACCUCGAAGGUUGA